UGACCUGAAGUCAACGUCACGGACAAGUUAGGUUAUGGUCGAACACAGCGCUUUGUGGGCUUGACUCCAGACAAGAUUGCACAUGGAUUAUUGACAAGUUUCGCGUGGCCGAGACCUUUUACAGCUCUGAGCUCAGUCCGCUCGUACGGAUAAGGGAAGGAUUCAUCUUGGCGCGAGUAUUAAUUAUUUAGCAAAAAGCAUGGUGCUGUCGUGUCGAUUUUACAAGGAAAAGUAUCCGGAGGUGGAGGACGUGGUGAUGGUGAAUGUGCGCAGUAUAGCCGAGAUGGGCGCGUACGUCCAUCUGCUGGAGUACAACAACAUCGAAGGCAUGAUCCUGCUGUCCGAGCUCUCCAGGAGACGUAUUAGGUCCAUCAACAAACUUAUCCGAGUAGGCAAAACGGAGCCGGUGGUCGUCAUUCGUGUAGAUAAGGAGAAAGGCUACAUCGAUCUGAGCAAGCGUCGUGUAUCCGCCGAGGACGUGGAAAAGUGCACGGAGAGAUACGCCAAAGCUAAAGCUGUUAAUUCGAUUUUGAGACACGUGGCGGAAUUGUUGCACUACGAUAACGACGACCAGCUGGAGGAACUCUAUCAGAAAACGGCCUGGCACUUUGAGGAAAAGUACAAGAAACAGAAGGCGUCCGCUUACGAUUUUUUCAAACAAUCAGUAUUGGAUCCCUCUAUUUUAGCAGAAUGUGGCUUGGACGAGCACACGAAGGAAGUACUGUUAAAUAAUAUCAAGCGAAAGCUCACGUCGCAAGCGGUCAAAAUUAGAGCGGAUGUGGAAGUGGCGUGUUACGGAUACGAAGGGAUCGAUGCUGUCAAGACCGCGCUGAAGGCCGGCUUAGCUCUUUCCACCGACGAACUUCCCAUAAAAAUUAAUUUAAUCGCUCCACCCUUGUACGUUAUGACGACAUCUACCCCGGAAAAACAGGACGGCUUAAAGGCGUUAGGCGACGCGAUCGAAGUCAUACAGGAUAAAAUAACGUCGCUCGGAGGUGUAUUCAAUGUUCAAAUGGCACCAAAAGUCGUUACCGCGACGGACGAGGCAGAAUUGGCGCGACAGAUGGAACGAGCGGAACUCGAGAAUGCGGAGGUUGCUGGCGACGAUGAAGAAGAGGUGGAAGGGCUGGAGGGCGAUUUUAGCGGUGGCGAAGGAGCCGAGCCGAACAGCAAAGGUAUCGAACAGAACGGCAAAGCCAUAGACCAGAACGACAAAGAAGAUGAUGAUGUGUCUGAAGAGGAAGACAAUUGAGAAAAAUAUAUAUAUAUUUAUAUAUAUUUGUGAGAGUAAUAAAAAUACACAUUUGAUUAACCGACAGAUAUUCGCAUGCGUUUUUCAAUUGCAGCUAGAAUGUAAUAAAAUGUUCUACUGCCUUUUGUUGGACAUGCCAGCACAGUUUUUCAAUAAAUAUAUGAAAAUAAAAGAUGUAAAAAAUCAAGCAUUGUAAUUUAUAAAUAGAGAUGAAAGUUUUCUACUGACUUGAUAUACAAUAAAUGAUCUUAAGACAGGUGUUCUUAUUUCUGACAUAAAGGGAACUCCAAGCAUUACUCCAAUUGUCCGUUUAUGACAAUAUUCGAUGUCGUCCGUUAAUAGUGGUAUGCAAUUUGAUUUAGAAAACAUUAAAAAUCUUAAAUAGUUGGUGUUAAAACGUGUAUCAAGUUCUUCGUUCUUGGUUUAUAUAAUUCUAUGUUUAUACAAGGUGCUCCGAAUUUGAAUGUUAAAACUAUGGGAACGACAAAUUAAUAAAUUAUAUAAGAGAUGUU